CGCGCUCGCUGCCUCCCUCCAUGCGCGGUGCGCGGCCGGCCGCGGGGCUUGCGCAGCGCGGCGGCGGAGCGGAGCGGUGAGCGGCGGCAGCAUGCGGCUGGGGGAUGCCUGAGGCGGGCGGUGCGGCGGCGGCCCUGCCCCGGCGCCGCGCCGGAGGCAUGCGGGCGGCCUGGGGCUCCGUCUGGUGCCUGUGCCUGGCGGCGGCCGUCGGCGGGCUGCCGGCGGGGCGGCGGGGCGGCGGGGCGGCGGCGGAGAGGAGCGGCGGGCAGCCGGCAGAAUACUUGAGGAGCGAGACCACCUUUCUGGAAGAGUUGGUGUUUGGAAGUGGAGAUACCAUUGAACUUUCCUGUAACACCCAAGGCUCUUCUGUGUCUGUUUUCUGGUUUAAAGAUGGCAUUGGGAUUGCACCUACCAACAGAACUCAUAUUGGGCAAAAACUGUUGAAGAUAAUCAAUGUGUCAUAUGAUGACUCGGGGCUGUACAGUUGCAAGCCAAGGCAUUCCAAUGAGGUCCUGGGAAACUUUACAGUCAGAGUUACAGAUUCCCCUUCGUCAGGUGACGAUGAAGAUGACGAUGAUGAGUCAGAAGAUACAGGUGUCCCCUUCUGGACCCGGCCAGAUAAGAUGGAGAAGAAGCUGCUGGCAGUUCCUGCUGCUAACACCGUUCGCUUCCGAUGUCCGGCGGGUGGAAACCCAACUCCUUCCAUCUACUGGCUGAAAAACGGCAAGGAGUUCAAGGGAGAGCAUAGGAUUGGGGGCAUCAAGUUGCGACAUCAGCAGUGGAGCUUGGUGAUGGAGAGUGUUGUGCCGUCAGAUCGAGGAAAUUACACCUGUGUUGUGGAGAACAAAUAUGGCAAUAUUAGGCACACGUACCAGCUUGAUGUAUUAGAAAGGUCACCCCACCGACCCAUUCUGCAAGCAGGGCUCCCUGCCAACCAGACCGUGGUGGUAGGAAGCAAUGUGGAGUUUCACUGCAAGGUCUACAGCGAUGCCCAGCCUCACAUCCAGUGGCUGAAACACGUGGAAGUCAACGGCAGCAAAUAUGGACCCGAUGGGACACCCUAUGUCACGGUGCUGAAGUCUUGGAUCAGUAAAAACGCUGAAGCCGAUGCUAACCUAAAUCUGUUCAAUGUGACAGAACAAGAUGAAGGAGAAUAUCUGUGUAGAGCCAACAAUUUCGUAGGCAUAGCCGAAAAACCAUUUUGGCUCCACAUUCGCAAACCAAAACCAGCAGAGGAGCUCAUGGAAAUGGAUGAUUCGGGUUCAGUGUACGCUGGCAUUCUCAGUUACGGCACUGGCUUUAUUCUCUUCAUCCUGGUGCUGGCCAUUGUGUUUAUCUGCAGGAUGAAAAUGCCAAACAAAAAAGCCAUGAACACCCCCACUGUACAGAAAGUCUCCAAAUUUCCACUCAAGAGACAGGUAACAGUGUCGUUGGAGUCCAACUCUUCCAUGAAUUCCAACACGCCCCUGGUCCGGAUCACACGACUCUCCUCCAGCGACGGGCCGAUGCUGGCCAACGUCUCCGAGCUGGAACUGCCUCCCGAUCCCAAGUGGGAAUUGGCACGCUCUCGCCUGACCUUGGGGAAGCCGCUUGGCGAGGGGUGUUUUGGCCAAGUAGUGAUGGCAGAAGCGAUUGGGAUUGAUAAGGACAAACCAAACAAAGCUAUCACAGUUGCUGUCAAAAUGUUAAAAGAUGAUGCCACAGACAAGGACCUUUCUGACCUGGUCUCUGAGAUGGAAAUGAUGAAAAUGAUUGGGAAGCAUAAAAACAUUAUUAACCUCCUUGGUGCCUGCACACAGGAUGGACCGCUCUACGUGUUGGUGGAAUAUGCAUCAAAGGGGAACUUGCGGGAAUACCUCAGGGCACGUCGCCCACCUGGCAUGGACUAUUCCUUCGACACCUGCAAGCUGCCUGAGGAGCAGUUGACAUUUAAAGACCUGGUUUCCUGCGCCUACCAGGUGGCCCGGGGCAUGGAGUACUUGGCAUCUCAGAAAUGCAUUCAUCGCGACUUGGCAGCCAGGAAUGUGUUAGUCACUGAAGACAAUGUGAUGAAAAUAGCUGAUUUUGGCCUCGCCAGAGACGUUCACAACAUCGACUAUUACAAGAAAACCACCAAUGGUCGGCUGCCUGUGAAAUGGAUGGCUCCAGAAGCCUUGUUUGACCGGGUCUACACUCACCAGAGCGAUGUCUGGUCUUUUGGAGUGCUACUAUGGGAGAUCUUCACUUUGGGAGGGUCUCCGUACCCAGGAAUUCCCGUUGAGGAACUCUUCAAACUCUUGAAGGAAGGCCAUCGGAUGGACAAACCUGCAAACUGCACCCAUGAUUUGUACAUGAUCAUGCGGGAGUGCUGGCACGCUGUCCCCUCGCAGCGGCCCACCUUCAAGCAGCUGGUGGAAGACCUGGACAGGGUCCUCACCGUGACGUCCACCGACGAGUACCUGGACCUCUCGGUGCCCUUCGAGCAGUACUCGCCGGCCGGCCAGGACACCCACAGCACGUGCUCCUCAGGGGACGACUCGGUCUUUGCACAUGACCUGCUGCCCGACGAGCCCUGCCUGCCCAAGCACCCCCCCUGCAACGGUGUCAUCCGGACGUGAGGACACCCCCAGGGCGGGCAGACGGACGGACGGACGGACGGACAGAUGGAUGGGUGGGCAGCAUGCCCAUGGAGGUGUGAAUGUGGGGCGCCGAGGAUGAAACCGUGGUGAAGGAUCUUCCAGUGGAACUGCGUGGUGGUGCCCGGGGAUUUGUGUUGUUGUCAAGCUGUUCAGGGUAAAAAAAAAAAAUAUUUUUUUUUGUUGUUUUUUUUUGUUGUUUUUUUUUCCCGUUUGCUGUAUAAAAAGUCAAGAAGCACUGUCUGGCCUGAAGGAACUAAUCUCUUGCCAAGAUGAUCUAUCAUAUAUGAUUUUUUUUUUGUUUAUUUUUCAUUUUUUGGGGUGUGUUUUUUACUAAGCAGAAUGUUGAACCUGAGAGGCGCUGACCUCUCAGCCUCCACGCUUGUGUUUUGAGUGCCAGAGUAGCCGUUCUGUGCCUGCAAUACGAAGAAGAGGAAGAAAAAAAUCUUACUUUAAAAAAAAAAACAAAAAACAAAACAAAACACAAACAAAAAAAAGUGUAAAGAAUGUAGAAAUUCUUUGCUUAUGCAAUCUGUACAUGAACCUUUUUGGUGGAGCUGAAAAGCCACGUUGCCUGCAGGGAUUCAUAUAUUUAUAAAAAUAUCUAUAUUUUUGUUGUCGUCGUUUUUAUAGCUUCAUGAUCGUACUACCCAGCUACAUAGAAGGAAUCUUUUUUGGAAGGAGAAAAAAAAAAAUUAAGUAAAAUGCAAAUCGUCAUGGAGAAAGGAAAAAAAAAAAAAAAAUUAGUAAAAAGAGACAGUCAAGUCAUCUGAAAUGGCGGCGCUUUGGCCGGGCUCGGCAGCCACCAGCCCUUGCGCUGGGCUGAAGGCGAUGGGGCCGUGCCGAGGCGGGAGCAGACCCCAGGGAUGGGCAGAGACCCGGCGGCGGCCACAGGGGUCCCCGUGGAGGAGAGCAUCACCCACCCCAGAGAGCGGCGGGGGACCUGGCUCCCGGGUGCCCGUGCAGCAUCUCAAGCCACAUCCUGACCUUUGGGAACAGCCGUUUUGGGGAAGGAAAAAAAAAAAAAUUAAAAAAAAAAAAAAUCUCGCUUUUCGGGGUUUGCAUAAUUUUUCUUACCGAGGGUGAGCGGGAGGGGAGCAGCUCCUCCAUCCGCCCCUCGACGCCAGCAGUUUGGCUCCAUCUACGUGCAGUGACUCGGAGAAAGAAGUUACGGGUACCUGUAGGCAAGAGCCUUUAACUUAUAUCAAAAAGGUUUAUUCCAGAGAAUCUGUGUAUAUAUCUAUAAAUAUAUCCUGUAUAUAUAUAAAUAAAUAUAUUAAAAAAAAAAAAGAAUGUAUAAUACUAAUGCAACAUAAAGCAGUACUGAGAGAGAGUCUCAAAAUACGAGCAUUGCAAUCUAGGAUAUACUGAUCUGGGCAAAAGCAAAGAGUUUUUUGUUUGUUUGUUUUAUAUCUUCACAGUUUUGUUUUAAAAAUUGUACCUUAACAUGUAUAUUUGUAAAGUUAUUUAUAGACAUUAACAUAUCUGUUCAUCAAUUUAAAUAGUGUAGCAUUACUGUAAACUUUAAAGUUCACCAAGCUUAAGGGUGGGGUUUUUUUAACUUAUUAAAAAUGGAGAAAAAUUUUAUUAAUCAAGUUUUUCUUUUGUGUUUAUGGGAAAUAUUGAAAGAAUGUAUAGAUGUACAGUCCUUUAACAAAUUACAUUUAAUGUUAUAAAUAUAUAUAUAUAUAUGUAUUCAUUAAAAAAAUAUUAGUUUAUCCUGGAUUGCAGUCAGCAAAAGUAGGUUUAUUUUUCAAUACAUCAGCAGUGGUUAAAACCAAACAAAUAGCAGCAGAGAGAUGAGUUUUACGUAUUUCAGAAAAACAGGGCUAAGAAUUCUUCCAUCAGUUUAACCACUGUGCAUUAAGGGGGUGUGGGUGUUUAUUUUUCUAUUUUCAAAUGAAGGUAUUCGUUGUGGUCGAUUUAAUAACAAGUAUGCAGCAAAGCGAAAUGUUGACUUUGGAUGAUGCGGGGUAAUAUUUUUUUCCCCCCCUUUGCCAGUACCGUUGUAUUUUAGGCUUCAGAAAUGCCAUGUGAGCAAAAUAGCAAGAAGAGUGACACUGUUUGCAGGAGAGGUGCAACGACUGCCUAUUUCUUUUGCAUCUAACACGUUGGAAAAUGCCAGUGAUGCCUGAUUUUCUGAGUUUAAAAUGCUGUGCUAUUUUGUUCCUCGAUGUCAGAUAACUAUUUAAAAGCACAGGAGUGAACUAAGAAAUUUUAGCAUGGCUCAAGCUGACAAGGGGGGAGAUUUGGGCUGGGGGGUUUUUGUGGAUGUUUUUUUUUUUUUUGUCCAGAAGACUUUUAACUGCUACCACAAAGAGGCAAGGCAAAUUGCGUCCUAAAUUCUUUCUUUCCAUUUUUCUCUGGUGCAUAUUACAUAUCAAUGUUUCAGAAUAACAGGAUGACAGCAUCUCAUUUUAAGAUUUUUUUUUUCUUCUUAGAGCCACAAAAUCCUUAUCCUAAAAUAAAUAAUUUAUAGUUUGAGGUUACUUCAGUGGAAGUUUGAGAAGGUAGAUUUCUAUAGUUUUUUGUUUUGUUUUCUUGGAAUAAAAAGAAUUUUUUGGUAUUUUCUUACAAAUGUCUGCUAAUUGUGUACAUUCCAAGUACUCGAAGCAUUGAGGUUUCCUGUACUGAAAAAAGAAAAUGUACAAAACUGUGCAUGAUUUCAAAUGUUACUAGAUAUUAUAAAUAUAUAUAUAAUUUAUUGAGUUUUUACAAGAUGUAUCUGUUGUAGACUUGUUGACUUUAACAUUUCUUAUUCAAUGCUUAUAUAGUUUUAUAGCCUGGACUAUUAUCUUUAAAAGCUUAAAAAAAUUAAAAAUUCCAAUUUUGUUACAUUUUAUACUGUUGAUGUUACAAUCCACAGGUUUGCAUAGCGUGAUUUUUUCAAUGAGCAACUCUGUUCAGUUUAUUUUAAUACUGUAUUUCUGUGCCUGACAGCUGCAGCUGUCGAAGGUGUGAGAUGAACACUAAAUAAAACUAUUCUGCUUUUGUUAA